AUGGCGGUGACCUCUGACUGCAAACCUUGUCCUGUGGUAUGGGCAUGGGCACCUUAUAGGGGGGGAAAAGGGUCGGGUGACAGAGUGGUUGUGGAAGAAGGGAGUGACGCCAUUUUACCCUGUUCCCUCAGCAACAAGGAGAACGCUGAGUCAGAACUCUUUGACUGGAAGAAAGAUGGUCAGAAGGAGGUUUUCUUUUAUGACGGAGGCAUUCAUUACAACAACGGGCGUAUAGGACAAGAUGAGCAGUUCAAAGGUCGCGUCUCACAUUUUCAAGAUGAGCUGAAGUACGGAAACGCCUCCAUCAUCAUCAGAAAUACGAAGGUGACCGACAGAGGAGACUACACCUGUAUUUUUCCACAUCUUCAGCCAAGACAGAUAUUCAACAUUGAGCUACUUGUUGCUAUAAUCAGUGACAUGGAAGUUGUCCUGUCUCCUGCCUGCAAGAUCUUCUUUGUCUCCACAUCGUGUCAGAACUGAGCCUCUGCUUCUUCUUACUGCUCUGCGUCUGAUCUCAGGUGACUAACAGCUUUGCUGCUGCUGGAUGCUCUAACCACUUCUGAGUUUUUUUCAAACAAUGUAUUAGGGGUGUAACGAUACACCAAAUCCACGGUUUGGUUCAGACCUCGAUUUUUGAGCCACAGUUACCUACAAUAACCUACUGUUAAUACAAUUAGCCUACAACCUACACCGCUACAGAGCCCACCCUCCACUGGCCGCCGCCGGCACAAUUUCACUGUCUUAAUGAGAGCUCAACAGUCCGCAGAGCGGCUGUGUAACGGUUCUGUCUCUCAGAUCCACAACAUGAAACCGUGGACUUUUGUGUCGCGAUUUCGGUCUCUGUUCCAAAUCUGUUACAGCCCUAUGAAGAAUAUACACUCACCUAAAGGAUUAUUAGGAACACCUGUUCAA